CCCGGCUGGAGCCACCGCCAGACCUAAUAAUAUAGAGUAUAAAGAACGGAGGCUGUUAGGGAAGGUUCUAUCCUGCCGCUGCAACUGCUAUACAAAGGGCGAUAAAGCCAUCGACCGAUAUUAAGAGAGGAGGAAUGCCGACUAGAUUUUUUUUAAUUACACAACUAUAGUUUGAAACUGAAGAAGAUUCUGAAGACUUCUGAAGGCAGGCAUUUGAUCGUCCUGUGAGCAAACCAUUAACAUUUAUUUACUAAGAGAGGUCUGAGAAGAGAUAGGCUAUCUGUGUAUAGUGUCGGGACUGGGUAUACUUCCUGAAAAGGGCUGACAGUCGUGUUUUCACAUCUUUAAAUUAAAAGAAUAGAUUCUAGACGCGGAAAAUAGGAACAUUAGUUGUGGCCGCUUUGGGAAACCGCCAGGUAUCAUUUCUCUCACAAAGGAGGAGUUCUUCUGGUAUUGGGUUUGUCGGAGACACGUCGAAAAGGACGAACGUUAAGAAUAAAUAUUAUAAAAUUCGUUUUAAUUUGGAUAUAAUCGUUACAAAUUAGACAUAGGGGCGUAACCAGUGUAUUCUUUUAUUCAGAACACCGGACAGAAAUACUUUUCUUCCAGAGCCUACAACCGAUGGGGGAGAAAUAGCCCGAUUUGCUAUCGCUAUUUUGGAUUCUACAUCGGUGUAUUUGCCCAACAAUACAAUAAAAAAACAUACAAUACAAUCAGGAACAUACAAUACAAAUCAAAUGCAAGAUAUUUUUUUGUAAGAACUCCUUGUGGUAGCUACAAAGUAAAUAGACAAACGCAGCCCUGCAUUCAGAAAUUGAGGAAGUGGACAUUUUCGUGGAUACUGUCAUGAACCAGCCGAACGUUACAGUAGUAAUUGAGAAAUGCACACUUGGUCAGAGAACAUUAUAGAAGCCCUGGGAGAUUGUAUUUAAUUAUAUUGUUGGGUUAAACAGCAGAACUGCAGUUAAAAACGAAAAGCUGCCAAAAGCAUUGUUACAAGACAGGGUAUUGCCCUGGCUCACAUUUCAUCCUGCACGGGGACUAGAGAGGGGAGAGGCACAGUCUAGCACAAAACAGAACAGCGCUUGGAUACAUAAUAAUAAUAAAAAAGCAGCCAAUAGCUAAUUUGCAUCGUCUGUUGAAUUGAACCGAUAUCAGGUAGAUAAAGAGGGUCCUGGGAUCGAAAUCUAAUAAAGAACGAGAAGGAUACAUAAAUAAGCUGUUUUUUUUCUUGUGGUGUGGAAUGAAGAUACUGGCAUGAUUCUUGGGUCUUAAAUAUUGCAACUGAUCACGUAGAGGAGAAGAGGGGCUAUUAAAAGCGACCGAGAUCCAAUUGUUUCGCAUUGUGAGAGACAGAUCAAUUAAAAAUUAACGAGGUUAGAUGCCCCACCAUUAUUUUCUAGUGAGGUCAUUCUAAAAUCAGCGUCACUCUUCUAAGGUAUCAAGCUCGGUAGGGAUUUUUUUUAUGAUCAAUAAUAGGCGAACAGGUGCAAAGUAACAUACAGCAAACAGGCGAGAAGAAAAAAACGACGAGGAACACAUUGGUCCCCUGUUUAGGAUAAUGGAGGGCGAUCGGGACAUGUACCGCCAGUUUCAGGACUGGUGUCUCCGGACAUAUGGGGAUUCCGGGAAGACAAAGACAGUGACCCGUAAAAAAUACGACCGGAUAGUGCAGCUCCUAAAUGGAUCAGAGUCCAGCUCCACAGACAAUGCUAAGUUUAAAUUUUGGGUCAAGUCCAAAGGUUUCCAGCUUGGGGUUCCAGAUGAGAUCAGCGGUGGAGAAAAACAAGUGCUGUACGUGCCGGUGAAAACUACGGAAGGCGUGGGGAUAGAUGAGAAAGUGUCAUUAAGACAAGUGGCUGUGGUAGAGGAUUUCUUUGAUAUAAUUUACGCCAUGCAUGUUGAAAAUGGAACUAAUGGAGAAAAAACACGGAAACAUGCUGGACAAAAGAGGACUUACAAGGCGAUUUCAGAGACCUAUGCCUUCCUGCCACGUGAAGCAGUGACACGGUUUCUUAUGAGCUGCUCUGAAUGUCAGAAGAGAAUGCAUUUAAACCCAGAAGGGGCAGAGCAUAAAGAAAACGGGAAGCCACCCACUUUGGUGACCAGCAUGAUUGACUAUAACAUGCCAAUAACAAUGGCCUACAUGAAACACAUGAAGCUCCAGCUACUAAACUCCCAAAACGAUGAGGAAGACAGUUCUUUGGAUAGCGAUGAAUUUGACACGAGUGACUCCACACGGAUGUCAGCAGUGAAUUCUGACCUGAGUUCCAACCUUGAAGAAAGAAUGAGCAGUCCCCAGAAUCUUCACAAUCAGCAAGAUGAUGAUUCUGCAGCCGACAGUAUAAAUGGAAAUGAAACGGUGGCAUACAGCUCCAGUGUGACUAGAGGGAGCCACUGCAGAGAGAUGGUGGACGUCAACAGCAGCUGCAAAGCAACACCAGAGCAGAACGAGCAGCCCCUGAACCUUAGUGACAGCCCCCCGGCGACUGAGUACCGCUCAGAGAACCACAGCACCAAUGGGAGGAGUAAAUACAAAAGCCUCCUGCUGCCAGAUGUCAAAACGGAGCCCAAGGAAAAUGGGAGUAAGUCACCUGCACACAGCUUCUCCAGCUACGACUCUGGAAAGAACGAGAGUGUGGGGGGUGGAGUGGAGGACCUGUCACUCAGCCGAGGAGACGAGGAUGAGGACGAACACGAUGAUCAGGAAGACUCGGAGAAGGCCAUGGAGGCGGAAGGUGUGGAGACAGAGCGCCUCAAAGCUUUCAAUAUGUUUGUCAGGCUGUUUGUAGAUGAAAACUUGGACCGAAUGGUCCCAAUAUCUAAGCAGCCCAAAGAAAAGAUCCAGGCUAUCAUUGAGUCAUGUAGGCGACAGUUCCCUGAGUAUCAGGAACGUGCCCGGAAACGUAUACGCACUUACCUGAAGUCCUGCAGGAGGAUGAAAAGGAAUGAUUUUGAUGCGUCCCGACCUAUACCUUCACACCUCACUUCGGCAGCAGCAGAGAACAUAUUGGCAUCAGCUUGUGAGAGUGAAAGCAGAAACGCUGCAAAGAGGAUGCGUCUGGACAGACCACAGGAUGAAGCUGUUUCAACUGACAAACAGUAUAAACAAGAACCCGUCCAGGUCACUUUCCCAGUAUCAGCUGUUCCUACUGCACAGGAGGUGUUGUACAUCAAUGGUAAUGGAACCUACAGUUGCCAUAGUUACAGCGGGUUAGGGGGAGGACUGCUGAACCUCACUGAAGCUUCUAGCAGUGGACCUACUGAUCUCAGCAUGAAGAGACCAUUAGUGCCAAGCUCAGGCUCCUCAAGCAGUUCUGCUUCACGGCCACAGCUAAACUCCACUGAAAUCAAUGCGGUCAGGCAACUUAUUGCAGGAUACAGAGAGUCGGCAGCGUUCCUCCUCCGCUCAGCAGAUGAACUGGAAAACCUGAUCUUACAACAGAACUGACCUCUGAACGACAGAGAUGCCUACAGAGAGGGUUUCCCCUGAAGACUUUCCCAUUUUGUUCUUGCUGCCUUUUGGUUGCACUUUUUCUGAUUGUAAAAACCCCUUUGUUUUUGACUGCCAAAACAACACCGUACUACUCCUUAUCCCUGAAACAGCGUCACACAACAGUGGCUGCUUCGAAGCGUUGACCUUGGGUAUUUCACACGGUACCUCAUUGCUUAGUCAAAUGCUUUUCCUCCUGUGUCAACAAAACAAACAAACAAACAAAAAUACUGCAAUGGAUUUUUUUUUGUUAUUGCUGUCUUAAGUGAGUGGGGGAAGAAUUAAGAUAAUGUGAAGUACAAAAGGGUUUGAUAUGCACAUGCAAUAUUAUUGAUGGGUGCUACUGACUGUUUUCUUAGACUUUGAACUGGAUUUUUUUUUCUUUUUAUAUUAGUGGUUUUUUUUUUUUUUAGUCAUUCUACAGUGGCGAUAACGUGGGACCAGCUAUGUGAAAAUCAAUCAUUUACUUAACCCUUUAAAGGCCAGACAUUUUCUUGUCAUUCCAGCACCAUGUGAUUUUGGACUCUUUUCCAUGUGUCUUUAAAGUUAAUUUUUAAAAACAAAAUUCACAUUUGAUUUAGGGGAGUAUGGUGGGAAAUAAAAGACAUUUUUAAAUACAAGUUCUAAUUAGAACUUGGUUUGUUGUA